CAUAUAUGAGGCCUAGGUGGAGGUUGCCGCAAGCGGCUACUAGUACUGCGAGCUCUGCGAGAAGCGCUCAUCAUUUCGUGCCACCAUGUCCGCUACGGCUGUCGCGGUGCCUACCAUCGUUCAAGCAGUUAAUAUCCCCAAGUUUAUAGUCAACUUCACGGACGCAGUUUUCAGAGGAUAUCAUCAUGGGAAGAAGAAACAUGAAGAUGAUUUCGAGGACAUGCUCAAACGCUCCCAGGCAGCCGGUCUUAAGUCCAUGAUCAUAACUGGAGGCAGUCUGCCCGAAUCCAGAGAAGCACUGGAACUGUCGCGUCAACAUGGGCUUUACACUACUGUAGGGUGUCACCCGACGCGAUCCGGAGAGUUUGAGCAGCAUACAGAUGGUCCUGACGGAUAUCUCAAGGAGCUGGACGAGCUAAUCGAAGGCAAUCUGAAGGGCAAGGGACGUGUGGUCUGUGUCGGUGAAUGUGGGUUAGAUUACGACAGGACACACUUCGCGGCACCCGAUAUUCAACAGAAGUACUUCCGCUUACAGCUCUCACUCGCAAAACGAUGGCAUUUACCACUCUUCCUUCAUUCUCGGGCAGCCCACACAGACCUCGUCAGUAUCCUACGCGAGGAAGGGUUUGGAGAAGACGGCGGUCGAGGGGUUGGGGCAAAUAGCGGGGUCGUUCACAGUUUCACUGGAACAGUUGAGGAGGCAGUGGAACUGAUUAACAUGGGCUUUUACAUUGGUUUAAACGGAUGCUCGUUGAAAACCGAAGCAAAUCUUGUUACCGCUAAAUCAGUGCCUGUUGAGAAGCUUAUGCUUGAGACCGAUGCACCAUGGUGUUCGAUGACUAGCACGCAAGCAUCGAGACGGCAUCUCAAGUCACUCCCACCACCUCUGAACUCGCUAUACUUCCCGCAAGCGACAAAACCAGAGUCCUUUGUCUAUGGCAAGCCGGUUAAGGGUCGCAAUGAGCCGUCAGCUAUUGGGGGUGUCGCCUGGGUGGUCAGCCAGCUGCAUGGUAUAGCUCUGGAGUCUUUGGCAGAUCAGGUGUGGAGAAACACAGUCGAGUUGUUCGGUCUUGAGGAGCUACAGGAUAGUUAGUGGUCCAUCGCCAGCCAGAAAAUAUUCUCGGUUCAUCCCGCGAAUACGCUGGUGACGUUCGGCGAGCGCUCUGUGUCUGUGCCUUCGUGGCGUCAUGCCAGGCCAUUUGGCAGCCGAUCAGACCGAUGAUGCACAAUGAUACAUGUAUAGUAAUGCUCGAUACGGUCAGUGCUUGUGAGCUAUUGUCAACUGGUGAUCUUCGGGUUUACACGUGGCUGUGCAGCCUAUCUCAGGGUGGAGCUUCAGAACCGCAGCCGUCAGCUCACAGCUUGACUCUUCCGCUAUCCACCAGGACGAUGUCUUGGUUCAAGUCGCGCACACAUCAUACACGACAGCAGUAUCCUGCCUCUAUGCCUCUAUCUGAAGCACCACCAGCAUGGACGCCAGCUCCUGAAGAGUCGCACACAUGGGGGCUUCAUAGUGAUGUGCCAGCCGACGAGUUCGAGGCUGCUGAGCAGUUCUGCGAACAACAUCCCAUGGAGUUCCCGAAGUUACUCUCUUCUUUACUAGUGGAGCGCAUCGUUGCCGAUGGGUGCAAGACAUGGACUAUGGAGCAGCCAACCUCGAGCCGAUUUUCCGGACAAAUCGUGACCGACCGCGGGGAGAAAGGCAGUGGCGUAACAGAGGUGGUAACGGAUAAAGACUGCGGUGACGUGUGUCUCUUGAGCAACCUACCGCUGCUAGCAGGGCUGUACGAUAUUCAAGGAAAGUCAGGUACCUACUACGAAGUCCACAUACGCAGAAUGAGCGGUAUCAUUGCGAUUGGUGGGUCCUGGU